GAUUUAUUUUUUUAUACUCCCUCUGAAUUCCGCAACGCUGCUUGUUUUUCCAGACAUGACCAAGGCUACUGGGCAACUGCCGUUCCUUGAUGUGCAAGACGAUCCUUUGGAGUGGUUGGAAGAGUUCCUUUGUGUGGUUCGCGCAAACAAGUGGACUGAUAACCAAGCUAUUGCAGUGGCGUUCCUUCAGAUGCACAAAGAUGCCCGAAUCAUGUUCUAUCUACAGAACAAUGGCAAAGUCGCCGAAAGCGCGGCCUAUUCACUACAAGAAUUUGAAGCAGUUUUCAGGACCCAUUUCCAAACAACUGGUUACAAGUACAAGGCCUAUAAUCAAGCUCUACAUUAUCUGCAGGGUGAAGAAGAAAGCAUUGACUCAGUUGUUGCCAACAUGCUCUCAUUAUUCCGAAGCGCUAAUAUCGAGGAUGAGGAGACUAAAUGUCGCCUAUUCUCAAUGGCUUUAAAUGACCGGCUGUUUGAAGCCAUCCAAAGGGAUCCUAAAGACACGUUUGUGGGCAUGGUUGCAGUAGCGCGCCAGGAGUAUUAUCUCGAAAAGGCUCUAGCUGAGCGUCGCCGUCAUAGAAAGAUCAUCCGCGAAGGUGAGAAUGCUUGCUCUGCUCCCCUUGAAAGCAGCAUCAAGCCGAUAGAUGGUGAAAUAGAUGUAGGUCAUCUUAUCAGUCAGAUGAGUAAACUUACUUCAAGUCAGAUCUCCAAAGUCUCGAACGCGAUUAGCUCCUUGUUACCAGGAAAUCCAUCCCCCCAACCUGCCUCAGAAAACCCACAUCCUCAGCCUCCACCAGAGAACCAGCCCUCCGAGCCCCCACCAGAGAACCAAUCCUCCGCGCCUCCAUCAGAGAGCCAACCCUCCGAGCCUCCACCAGAAAACCCAUCCUCCUAGCUUUUACCUAAUUUAAGAAUCUAAUCUAGCUGGAUCUCCAGAGAUGAAAAAGAAGACUUAGUGGCUACAGAUCGCCCCAGGG